AUGGCUCGCGUCAAAGUGUUCCCCGUCGUCUUGCUGCUCGUUAUGGUCGUCUCGCUGCUCAUUACCACAAGUAAUCCUCCACUGUGUCCAUUGGGCAUCACUCGGGAUUAAUUUCAUCUCUGUAGGAUUUAGCAUAUUAGAAUAGUCGCUAGUAGCUGAACUAAAUUAAAUCCGUGCGUACAUUACACGGCUCUUCCUUAUUGUGAAUUGAUCAUUUAACAUAUAAUUAUUUCUCCUCAAAUAAAGUAUAAUGUUAAUAACAUCGCUAUCUGUGUCGAUGGGUUUCAUAGAUGUUCGUAUCAGGCAUCAUAGUAUUUUUUGCCGUGGGCGUAGGUUCUGCUCGAGAGCUAUCGCAGAAUGUGGAAGCGGGCCACAGGCUCUGUAGCCGGCGCAUAGGGUUCUGCUCUAUCUUUCGGAAAUGCUCAUCCUUCUGCAAGAGAUUGGGUUACGUUGGGGGAGUGUGCCAGGGCCAUAGUCGCCCUCAAUGCAUCUGCUACAAGUUAUGCAAACCGUAG